AUGUCCAUGGACAUAACUCGACUAGCCUUCAAGGCCGAGUUUGAACAUACAGAUAUGAAGGCCCGCACAGAUGCCUUGGCCUGUCCGGAGUCAGAGGGAAAGAAGCGUAUGAAAAACUUGCUGGGCAUAGCUCUUCUGGCUGGCUUGCCUAUUGAUCUUGCAAAGGCAGCGCCAGAAGCAGACCCGGUUUCUGUUGCCCCCGCCAUAAGCUGGUAUGGGUAUGACGGUACCUGGAGUGCCGUCAAUAUCCUUAGCGGUUCAAACCUGUCCACAAACACUGUUUUCCCAAGUACUGUGGAUAGAAACUCUCAGCUCAUCGGAGCACGUAGCUGCGAAACACCACUUGUACCAGAUUGCUCAAGCAAGCGAGGCGGACUUUUCUCCGCCAACGAGUCAACAACUUGGAAGGGCAGUGGUAAGCAUGCAGCCUCAAAAGACUCGUCGACCCAAGAAUACUUCGGCAGCGACGCUCUAUAUCUCGGUGUUCAGGAGUUUACCGAGGACCCGAUUUUGAUCGUCAAUGACACAGACACAUGGGUCGGGUCUCUAGGACUCGCAGUGGACAUGGGUGAUCGUGAUGGCGCCUUUGGCUUCAGCGUCAUGGAAACUGCAUUUAUUAAUACCAGUGUUGUCCCUAGCUCCAGUUAUGGUUACACUGCUGGAGCUUACUACCGGCUGAAAGGUGUUCCAGCAUCCCUUACCUUGGGAGGCGUGGAUAAGGCGCGAUUUUAUGAGGGCAAUACAACGUUUCAUCUUAGUAGAAGUGGAAUCCCUGUUAUCUCACUUAAUUCCUUAUAUAUCUCAUCGGGAACACAAACCAACAACGUCACUCGGCUCAACAAGUCUAUCAACCCUUCAAACUCUGCAGGUAGCGCUUAUUACACACUCGACUCCUCCACGAGCUACCUCUGGCUACCGGAAAGUGCCUUUCAAGCAUUCGGAUACGCGUUCAAUCUUACCUACGAUGACCGUAUAGGAUUCUACACCUACGGAAAUGAUACCUCACUCCGCGAUCGUCUCUUGCGCAUGAAUAUCUCGAUAUCAUUCUCAAUAUCUGACCUCCCCAAUGCCGCUGAGAAUGUCAACAUCACUCUCCCAUUCCAGGCUUUCAACCAUGAACUCACCUACCCGUAUCCAAACUUACCGCCGGAAUACUCAAACACUUCACUUCCUUACCUCCCGGUCAAGAAAGCCUCUACUGAUAAGGAACAACGCAUCGGCCGGGUCUUCUUCCAGGAAGCAUAUUUGACUGUAAAUUAUGAGACGGGGCUAUUCAACGUCGAGCAGGCCAAAUUCGACCCUAGCCUCGUCACAACCGAUGGUACAGAUAUUGAGACCAUACACUCUCAAGUACCAGACGGACUUGCCGAUGAUAUAUUUAAGAAGAAGGGGGGGCUGUCUAUAGGAACAAAAGCAGGAAUUGGAGUUGGGUGUGGUUCUGCGGCUAUCGCUAUUAUUCUUGCUAGUGCAUACUUUUUUAUCAGACGACGACAGCAACAACAACAACAACUCUCUAUAGAGGCAGAAAAGAAAGAGGAUUCGACAAAUAGUGGAAGCAAGCCCGAUUCUGCGUCGCAUGGACUUGUGGAGCUCCAGAGUGGCUGUGACCGUACGGAAUUGGCUUCAGAUGCUUCGCAUGAGGUGUUUGAGCUGCCAGGAUCUGAGCCACCAGAACUGGAAGCUGGGUCCUCCACUCGUAGAUACUCGAGUCGCUCCUGCAGAGGGGAUGAGAAGAGGGUCCUGCGACGACACUCGGAAACCAGAUCGAGUAUUGCAGCUUCGCUGGCUUCGAGGCUAACGGAGAGUUCUGCUGAAGAUAGCCCAGAGCCACAAAAAGGGCAACAAGAGGGCCCACCUAAAUAUACACCAUAG